AUUUUGCCCUGGAAUACUUGAUAAUAACUUACAAAUGUAUGCAGAUUCUAAAUAUAGUGAUGAUCAGAUUUAUUACAAAGAAUUUUAUAUUGGCAGUCAGGAAACUGUAAUUAGAUCUACUAAAUGUGAAGUACUAACUAAGCAGACAUCAACUGGUUUCAUAUGUAAAAAUUGUAAUUAUGCAAAACGUUUAUUGAAUAAUAAGUUACUAAGAGCAAAAUCAAGAGAUUCUAAACCAUUAAGCAAACAGGACCCCUUACAUAAAGCAACAAGAGAAAAGAUUAUUUCGCAACUAAAAAAUGCUAGAAUGGAAACAAAUUACUGUCAACAACAAUUAAAACAAUUUCAAUCUACUUUGAUGACAGAUAGUGUUGAACUUAGUUAUCAUUUGAGCCAGGAUUUAAAAAAUGUUAUUGAACACACAGACAAUGAAUUAGCAAAACUUUUCUGGGAAGAGCAAAUGAAAGCAUUUUCAAUAAAAGAAAAAGGAAUGAGAUGGCAUCCAAUGCUGAUCAGAUUAGCAAUUUUAAUAAGAAGUAGAAGCCCGUUAGCAUAUGAUACUUUACGGAAAACUGGGAUUUUAAAACUGCCAGGAGCUUCCACGUUACGAGACUACACAAAUGUAUAUGAGUCUAAAGAAGGGUUUAAUGAAUCUUCAAUAGAAGAACUCAAAAGAAUAUCACAAAAUUUUAAAAGUGAAGAAAAAUGUGUUAUACUUCUUCAUGAUGAAAUGAUGAUUAAAUAUGAUUUAGUUUUCAAUAAAACAAAUGGUGAAGUUGUUGGUUUUGUAAAUUCUCAUACAUGGAAUGAAAAAUUAGAAAAAAACAUUGCCAGUCAUGUGCUAGUUUUUUUUGUAGUAGGUAUCAACACACAUAUUAAUAUUAGUCUAGGUUUCUUUGGAUCAAUAAAUAUUGCAUCAGGUGAUCUAUUCCCUUUAUUUUGGCAAGCAGUGGGGUAUUUGGAAACAGAUUGUAGCUUAAAAGUAAUCGCUUCGACAAGUGAUAAGGCCUCUUCCAAUCAGAAAAUGUAUCAAAUGCAUAAAAUAGAUGAUAAUGAUGAAAUCUGCUUUAAAUGUGUAAACCUCUUUUCCCCAGAUAGGUUCAUAUUUUUUAUCUCUGAUCCACCUCAUUUAAUUAAGACAGUGAGAAAUAAUAUUCUGAACAGUGGUUAUGGGCAGACUCAUUUAUUAUGGAACAAUGGGAAAGAAAUACUUUGGAAACACAUAUUUGAUGUAUAUAAUAUUGACUGCCAGACUGAAACAAGACAAACAAAAUUAACAGCAGAACAUGUUAAUCUGAAUAACAUUUCAAAAAUGAAUGUUCGUUUGGCGGCACAAGUUUUGAGCUUUUCUGUGGGCACUAUGAUGGGAGCUAGGUUAGGACCAGAAGCAGAGGAAACAACAAAACUUAUUCUUCUAAUGAAUAGAUUUUUUGAUUGUCUUAACGUGUCAUCAUUACUAGGAGGAACAUACAAAUGCAAUUCUGAUUUGCUCCCAUAUACCUCAUUAAAUGAUGAAAGAUUUUCUUUUCUUGAAAAUGAAGUUUUAGGAUAUUUUAAGGAGUGGAAAAUGAAUAUUGAGAAGCGUCCAGGAUAUUUUACAAAUGUGCAAAAAAGCAAGAUGUUUAUUUCUCAUCAGACGUUCAAAGGCUUAGAAAUGACUGUUAAAGGUUUCUGUGGAGCCACACGAUAUUUGCUUUCGCAUGGUGUUCCAUCAGUCCUUAGCAAUAAUUUCUGUCAAGAUCCAUUAGAAGAACACUUUGGAAGGCACAGAGGAUUGGGUCAAAGAUCAGAGAAUCCAACAUUGUAUGCAUUCGGGUAUCAGGAAAAUAAAUUACGCAUACAAAGAAGUCUAGCUCUUCAGUUACACCCAAAGGGCAAUAUUCGUAGACAAAAUGAAAUACCAGUUUCCAUCAAUACUAGUCCAUUGAAAAAACUGAAGAGAGUUUAAAAUAUGUUGAUGUUUUCAAAAAUUUAUUCUGGAAAUGAUGGACAUAUAAAUAAAUUAAAUUACAAUAAAUUACAUUUUAAUUACAAUAAAUAAUUGAAGUAGUUAAUUUACUGAUUGUGACUGUUUGCCACAAUGUUUAGUUAAAAAGAAUAAUUUUUUUUUAGUUAUGUUGUCUAUCUUAAUUAGAUGUACUUUUGUAAUAUAAGAAUAUAAUUUUAUUGAAUAAUUGUAGCAAUUUUAUGUACUUGUAUUCCAUAUUUGUAAAGGUUAUCUUGUAAGACACAUCACAUUUGGGUGAAUAGAUGUAUAAUUUUUUUUUUUUCAAGUAGAUGUAUUUGAUCUUUUUUUUUUAAUUUUUCAUUUAUCUCUUUAGUUUUUUUGAAAAACUUUCAAGGUAAUAAAAUUUUGAACUUUUUCAUUAUGUUUUAUUUAUUUUUUUUGUGUGUAAAUCUCAUUAAUAUGUAAUUCAAAUAUAUGAUAUAUGUAA